AUGUCGGACCUAGCAGUUGGCCAGACGGUGCGCCUGCCAGACGGCCGGACUGGCAUCGUGCGCUUCGUCGGCAACACGCACUUCGCCAGCGGCGACUGGGUGGGCGUCGAGCUCGAGGACGACAGCGGGAAGAACGAUGGCAGCGUCCAGGGCGAGCGGUAUUUUGACUGCUCCAUGGGGCACGGCAUGUUUGUUCGCCCGACGACGCUGGUCGUCACCGCCCAGGCCCCCGCCGCGGCGCCCAAGCCCGCUCGCAGGCCUAGCCGGCCGAGCAGCUUUAACCCGGGCACUGGACGGGCUGCAAGCGACACGGGCAUGACGAAGAGAAUGAGCCUCAAUGCUCCGAGUCCGAGUCCGGGGCCUAAGGCGUCUCGUCCGUCGAGUGCACUGAGGUCACCCACCAAGUCGCCCACGAAACAGCUCGGCUCAGCAGCUUCGAGUACUGCGCCGUCGCGAACCAACACCCCCUCCAAUACCCGCACAACGACCGCCGGAGCGAAAGCACGACCGGCCGUCGGAGCAUCUCGCACAUCCAUGGGACCCCCUCCGAUGCCCGCGGCCAGAACCACGCGGCAGCCCUCGACAUCUUCAGCACCGACAAGGCCGACCCCGGGGAGACCGAACAGUGGCCGGCUUUCCAUGACUGGACGAACGCCUACGUCUGCCAGGAGGCCAUCCGCGGACUUGGGAGGUGCGAAGAACGCAGCGGACAGCGGGGACGACGGUUCGAUGUCGCCCAACAAAGAUGGCGAAACCAGUCCCGUGAGAGCCAGGACGAAAGCUCUGGAGAAGCUCACAUCAGGCUCGGCGGCAACCACGCCCACGAGCUCGACGAAGCCAACGACGACCGCCCGUUCUACGACAAAUGCUGCAGCUGCGAACAGAGAAAUAGAUGAUCUGAAAGCCAAGCUGAAGGUGCUCGAGAGAAAAAGAUUGGAAGAUAGAGACAAGUUGAAACAACUGGACCAGAUUCAAGGCGAGCGGGACAGGUUCCAGUCCAUUAUAGAAAAGCUGCAGGCCAAGUACCAGCCCCAGCAGAGCGAGAACAAUGAGCUGCGGAAACAGCUGAAAGAGGCCGAGGAGAGGUUUGAAUCGAUCGAGACGAUGCAAAUGGAGCACGAAACGGCGCUAGAGCUGGCGACGCUAGAUCGCGAGAUGGCUGAAGAGACCGCUGAGGUUCUUAAGGUCGAACUUGAGGCUCUGAAGCAGAAGUCAGAGGAGCUGGAGCUCGAGGUCGAGAUCCUUCGCGAGGAGAACGCCGAGUUCGGCCAGGGCAUGUCGUCGGAGGAGCGGGCCAGUACCGGGUGGCUGCAGAUGGAGAGGACCAACGAGAGGCUUCGCGAGGCACUGCUGCGCCUGCGCGACCUGACGCAGCAGCAAGAGGAGGAACUCAAGGACCAGAUUAAGACUCUGGAGGACGACCUCCAGGAAUUUGGCGUCGUCAAGGAGCAGUUCGAUGCGGCCAAAGACAAGCUGGCCCAGUCCGAGGCCGCUGUUGAGGACCUCCGACAGCAGCUGGAUAACGCCCUGGGUGCAGAGGACAUGAUUGAAGAACUCACCGAGCGGAACAUGAGCAUGUCUGAACAGAUUGAUGAACUUAAGGCCGUUAUCGAGGAUCUCGAGAACCUCAAGGAGAUCAACGACGAACUGGAGAUUAACCACGUCCAGAACGAAAAGGAGAUGCAGGAGGAGCUCGACUUCAAGGACAGUGUCAUCACAGAGCAGGCCCGGCGCGCAGGCGAGCAGGAAGAAGCCCUGGAGGACAUGGAGUACACUCUGUCCCGCUUCAGAGGCUUGGUCACCAGCCUACAGAGCGACCUCGAGGACAUGCGGGCGUCGCACGCUGUCACCGAGACGGAGUCCGAGCAGCUCAACAGCAAGUCCCGCGCCAUGAUGGACCUCAACAUGAAGCUCCAGAUCUCCGCUUCCAAGGCCCAAGUCAAGACCAUCGACCUCGAGCUGCGACGGCUGGAGGCCCAAGAAGCCGAGCAGCACCUGGAUAUUGUCAAAAUGUUCCUUCCCGACACCUACAAGGAGGACCAGGAUUCUGUCCUCGCUCUGCUGAGGUUCAGAAGACUGGCUUUCAAGGCGGAGCUCCUGCAGUCGUUCAUCAAGGAGCGCGUCAACGGCCAGCCUCACCCCGGCCACGAGGACGACAUAUUCGCCGGCUGCGACGCCAUUGAUAAGCUCACGUGGGUCGCGUCAAUGUGCGAGAGGUUCACCAACGCCAUCAGCCACUGCUCGAUCGAGCAGUUCCAGCGGUUCCAGAACGCCCUGUUCGAGUUGGAGCCCGUCGAGCGUGCACUCAACGGAUGGAUCGAUGGUCUGCGCCGGGACGAGCUCAAGGAGCAGAAGUGCGCGGACGAACUCCAGCGCACGAUCGCGCUUAUGUCUCACCUCGCCGAGGUGCACCUUACGAACGAGCUGCCCGAUUUCGCCGAGGACACGUACAUGCAGACCGUGGUCAUGCAGAGCCACUUGGAAUCUGCCGGCUCAACGUUUGUUACCCUGAGAGCCAUGGUCCAGAGGGCAUUGCCUGCUGAAUCCGAGGAUGACGAGAUGGCGCAGCACUUUGGGAAGAAGUCGGAGUUUGUCAUCAGCCAGACCCGGAGUGCCAAGGUCAUCGCAGGUAAGGCUGUGCGGGCUCUGCAGGAUCUCAAGUCCAGAUCGCUGGCGCUGCCGCAGGAGACCAAGGAGUCUUUCGAGCAGUGUCAGGACGCCACCCGCCAGCUUGCCGCGCUGGCUCGGGAGAUUGGUUUCGAACUCCACGCACUACUGCACGAGGAGGGCCGCAGCCAGCCGCACACGUACCUCGAAGUCCAGGACGCCAUUUCCAAGGCCACCACCAAGGUCACCAUGUCGAGCGAGUCCGAUCUCUUCUCAACAUACCUGUCGAGGCUCCGUACACUUACCAGCCAGAUCUCAGACCUGGCUGCACUCAGCGCGGAUCUGUCCCAGACGCAAGAGUUCGAAAUCAGCCCGGCCCCCUGGAAGCUUCGCUCUCAGGAGCUCAAGGCAGUCAAGACGAUCCCCGUCGACGCCGAGGAGGAGUUGCGUCGCCUUAAGGAGGAGCACAACGAAGCCCGGCGGGCGAUUGCCCAGCGCGACGAGAACCUCAGCACGGCCAACCUCAAGAUCGAGACGCUCGAAUCGCGGAUGAAGGACGCUAACGCCAAGGCCUCCCGCAUCGAGGAUCUCGAGGCGCAGAUCGAGGCCGCUAAGCAGAAGGCCGUCAGCCUGCAGGAGGACAUUGACAAGCAGGACCGUGAGCUCAAGACGUUGGAGACGGACCGCGACAAGUGGAAGAAGAUUGCAGGCGACAGUAAGGCGUUCGCCGAUGGCGCGGGCGCGGCGGGCGCCAAGGCUGGCCAGGAGCGGGCGGUGGCCACGGCGCGGGAGAUGGAUGCCCUCAAGAGCGAGAUCGCGAGCCUGCAGGCCGCGGUGCGGUACCUGCGUGAGGACAACCGGCGCGCGCGGACGACGGAGCAGCACAACUACGACUGGCUGGCGGAGCCGCUUACGAAGCCGCCAUCGGUGGCCGAGCAGCGCCGUGCGCUCGUCGUCGCCGAGGGCAAGGACGUGCUCAGCGAGCUGGUCAAGUUCACGACGUCGGCGCGGGUGUACGACUUGGCUGCGCUGCCCAAGGACAAGCUGGCGUGGAGGCCCGCGCGCAGCACGCCGCAGUACCACGCAGCCAAGCAGAGGGAGGACCUCGCGGCGUGGAACGGCUGGCGGGACUCGGUGCUCAAGAAGUCGGAGGUGGUGCUGGGGCGCAAGGACGCGGCGGCGGCGGCGGCGGCGGCGGAGAAGAGGCAGGUGAUGAGGAACGUGGCGGCGAGGCUGCAGAUCCGCCUGCCGGACGCGGACGGCAAGAUGGUUGCCCCCGGUGGCGGGCGGGAGGUGCAGAUUGUGGGGUCGCGCGAGUGGGAGGGGAUGCAGGGCCGCCUGGCGGCUGUAUGA